UUCCUCUUCUAGUAGGUUUAGAACAUUUUUUUUUUUCUCACUAACUUCCUUCCUGUUCUAACUGCCUGACUACUCAGAAGUCAGAGUUGAGAGACAGAGGCACCCAAGACAGAGACGUGAACCACUGAAUAUCAAAAUGACUGAAAAGGCCCCAGAGCCACACCUGGAGGAGGAUGAUGAUGAACUGGACGGCAAACUCAAUUACAAGCCUCCCCCUCAGAAGUCCUUGAAAGAGCUACAGGAGAUGGACAAAGAUGAUGAAAGUCUAACUAAGUACAAGAAAACGCUCCUGGGGGAUGGUCCUGUGGUAGCAGACCCAACAGCCCCCAACGUUACUGUUACUCGCCUCACCCUGGUUUGUGAGAGUGCUCCUGGACCAAUCACCAUGGACCUCACUGGUGAUCUUGAAGCCCUCAAAAAAGAAACUUUUGUGCUAAAGGAAGGUGUUGAAUAUAGAGUCAAAAUUCACUUCAAAGUGAACAGGGAUAUUGUGUCGGGCCUGAAAUAUGUGCAGCACACCUACCGGACUGGGGUAAAAGUGGAUAAGGCAACAUUUAUGGUUGGUAGCUACGGGCCUCGGCCAGAGGAGUAUGAGUUCCUGACUCCAACUGAGGAGGCUCCCAAGGGCAUGCUGGCCCGAGGCACUUACCACAACAAGUCCUUCUUCACCGACGACGACAAGCACGACCACCUCACCUGGGAGUGGAACCUGUCCAUUAAGAAGGAGUGGACAGAAUGAGUCCACCUGCCCAUCCCUUUCCUUACCCAUGCCCCGUGGAAGAAUCCUCUCAGUGGGUUCACCACCCUGUCCCUCCUCCCUGUUCACAGCUGGGUCCCUUCUCCAAUGCUCCUCACAUUCUCUUGUUGAUGCAUCUUAUCCCACAUUGUCUCUCAAAGUGGUCUCUAGCACAAGAUGCUUAAAACCCAGGCUUCAUCCUGCCCGCUGCAUCUGAUCCCCCACCAUGGCCAGAUCUUUGAAGUUCGCCAACUCAAUACACAAUCAUUUAAUAUUUUCUCCUCUUAUUUCCAUUUGAGCAACUAGAGACCAGGAAAUGGGCAAACUAUCACUAACAGUCCUUUUGCCUUGGGUUCCAGUAGCUCAUUCCGAUCCCUAGAUUCUUCUGUGGUUGCUGCUGGCUCAAUGAAGGUCCCUAAUCAUAUUCCCUGCCAGUUGGGGUUCUUCUUUUCUGGGAGACACUGUAAACAGCACAAGAGAGUAAAUAAAACAGUUGUACAAUC